AUGAUUAAGAAGUUGGAUCGCCAAAUCCAGGCACUUCGCCCAGAAGAAGCACGUUCAGAAUGCUCAUCCUUUAACGCUAUCGACAGAAACCUAUCAGACCAUACUCGUUCAAACGCUCAGAGCAAGAUCACUCCGCCUUUCUUUUUCGAAUGGAUUCUUCCAAAAGACGACAAAAAUAGUGCUACCAGCUCCCAGAGCAAUCAAAAAGCCUCUCCGAAUGAAGAUACGAUCAGCAUGGCAACAAGUACUCGUGACGAAUCGCCAGCAUCGGCCAGCCCUAUCUCUGUACACAAACCCAGACCGCCUCGUCGUCAAGACUUUGCUGAUACCAAUUGCCGCUUAUCGGGGAGCAUGUCAGAGAUGUCGAAUCCUGCAGCCACCGCUCGAAAUGAAACUAGUGGCUCCGCGACGGGCUGGGAAAGCCUGAGGGAUGGCACACUUCACAAUGACUCCAAAGCACAUCGCAAUCGGUUACCGUUCGAUUCAAGCCCAUAUGGCUUAACAAACCAAACAAUUGGCCCUGAGCAUGAGGUUGGAGUUUCACGCCGCUCAAGCUUGGCCCGCAAUCCAGGAUCGGCACCAUUCCCGUCAGGAUGCUGUUCGGUCUGCAAUUUCGACAAGAGAACAUUGCUGCAGCACAUUGAAAAGGUAUUGCAGUUUUCUUGCCAGGACGAAAUUCCAUGGGAGUCUCUCCUAAGUGGUCAUGCUAUCUCAUCCAGCCGCCAGAAAACCGCAGCCAUGUUAAAAGUAAGUCUUUGGGCCCUCCGAGACUAUGCUAUGGGCAUGAAGAUUUCGGAAGAUGGAGAAAUGGGGACAGAGGCUUCAGGAGUCACGGGACGAUCAGUGGAUUCCUGGAACGUCGGACCGACAACUGACGGUAUCUCUGUCUUCAGUCAUGGGUCCUGUCACCUGAAUGAACAGAGCCCUCUAAGCCGCAAGGUUGGACACAAUCGUAUACGUGCAUCAAUACGGGACUCAACUGGACACGGCGCGCUUCGCCGGCCCCGGAAGGCUUGGACUAGCCAUGAUGAACAGCGUCUGAAAGCUUGGGUCCGAGAAAAGUAGGACUGGUCUGAGAUUGCGACACGCUUGAACCGGACCCCAAGCGCCGUUGAGCAACAUUGGCGGUUGAUGAUUAUCCACGAGCGCAAGGCGAGCCUAAGGAUGUACAGAUUUAGAAGGGCUUCGGAUUGAUUUCAUGCAGAAUUUUAGAGUAGUUC